AAUUUUCCGCCUGGCGGUAUUUUUGAAUCUUGCGAUAUCCAAUAGAAGUCCGAAUGUGAUGGGGACCAAUAUACAAACAAUCAAGUGUGUUGUAGUUGGAGAUGGAGCAGUCGGAAAAACGUGUUUGCUCAUAUCUUAUACAACUAACAAAUUUCCAACUGAAUAUGUUCCCACUGUUUUCGACAAUUACGCUGUCACAGUGAUGAUUGGUGGCGAACCAUACACUUUGGGGCUUUUUGAUACAGCCGGUCAAGAAGACUACGAUCGCUUGAGACCUUUAAGUUAUCCUCAGACAGACAUUUUUCUGGUUUGCUUCUCUGUUGUCAACCCUUCAUCCUUUGAGAACGUUAGAGAGAAAUGGGUCCCAGAGAUUGUACAUCACUCGUCUAAAGUCCCGUUUCUUCUUGUUGGAACCCAAACCGAUCUUCGCGAUGAGGGGGCAACUAGGACUCAUUUAAAGAACAACAAAAUGAAACCGAUCACUGCUGAACAAGGUGAACAGCUUGCCAAGGAGUUGAAAGCUGUCAAAUACGUGGAAUGUUCAGCUCUAACCCAAAGAGGUUUGAAAAACGUGUUUGAUGAAGCUAUCCUUGCUGCCUUGGAGCCCCCGCAAACUCGUAAAACAAAGCGAUGUUGCUUACUUUAAAGGAACGGUUAAUUUAUAAAUCUCAACUGUUACUCACUAUUGAUUUACGAUGUAAUGAUGAUAAUGAUCACCUUGGCUUAUAUCAGAUACUGACUGUGAAAACGUCUUUCCUUCAACUCCGGUUUCUUUUCUUUCUUUCCCAUUGCCUCCUAAGACGUAUGCAUAUACUACUUACUGUAUGUUGCAUAUUUUACACUAAAUACCUUUACGACAACACUAAUAAUGAUAAUGGUAGUAAUUAUAAAUACAACAACAAGACUACUUUCUUUUUCAGUGUAUUACAGUUACAAACGCUUAGAAAAUGUUUUCACCUAAAUAUUUGUUGCACUAUCUUAGAAAUAUGGCGUUGUUACUUUACUAUUCUUUUCUUUCUCUGCUCUAGCAAACGGUGAUCUUACUGCUAAUUUUGACACUACUGCUAAUAAUGCUCUUUGUCAAAUAUGCUUGUGAACCCUUAAUGACUUCUUCUUUAAAUCUGUAAAGGGGUACCAGGUGGUUUCUUUAAGAAUGUUUCCCAUCAGCCAUCUUUCUUGACAAACGCUCAGAGUUUGUUGCUGGCAUUAUUGAAUUGUUAUCAUCGUCUAACCGGUAGUAAUAACAAGUAUUGUUCAAAAAGAACCGUGUACCGAUCAACUGAAAAUAGUAAAUCAGCAAUGGAACUGAAACCCCUUCGAGAUAGUUUCUCUUUCAAAAACAUGUAUUUUUUGCG